UUUUGCACACGCCCACUUUUUUCCCCGCAUGGUUGGGACGGAAUCGUCGGAGGUUUCAUGUUGUCCUGAAGUAAACCUCGCUGUUUUCUAUCUAGUGUCUCCGGUCGUACGACCAGUGUAGUUAUCGUCCGUGAGACGAUGGAAUAGUUGUCAGACGACAGAGCAGAUCCGCGGACUACUCCUGGACAUCGAGCUAGCUAGCUCGAAGCGGUAGCUAGCUGGCGAACAGUGUGGCGCGUGAGCAGGAUGAAGACUUGCAAUGGCAACACCAGUAUCUUGGACAUGUUCGAAAAGGGGAAAGUUCUGAAGAUAUGCGCCCCAAUGGUGCGAUAUUCCAAGCUUGCAUUCAGGUCCCUGGUGAGGAAAUACGACUGUGACAUCUGCUUCACCCCAAUGAUAGUUGCCGCUGACUUCAUGCGAUCGGUCAAAGCCAGAGACAGUGAAUUCACCACCGCUGAGCGUGACCGGCCCCUGAUCGCGCAGUUCGCUGCCCAUGAUGCUCAGACUCUGGCCGACGCAGCCUGCGUCGUAGCUCCUUUCUCCGAUGGAGUUGACCUCAACUGUGGCUGUCCCCAGAGGUGGGCUAUGUCCGCCGGGUAUGGUGCAUGCCUCAUCAACAAGCCUGAACUUGUGAAAGACAUGGUCAGACUUGUCAGAAACCAAGUGGACAAUCCAAACUAUACAGCAUCCAUCAAAAUAAGAAUUCACAAGGACCUGAGGCAGACAGUAGAUCUGUGCCAGAAGGCUGAAUCGGCGGGUGUGUCGUGGAUAACGGUCCAUGGCCGUACAACAGAUGAACGCCACCAGCCAGUCCAUUAUGAUGCUAUAAAGACAAUCAAAGACAGCAUAUCUGUACCUGUCAUUGCCAAUGGAGACAUAAAGUACCUCCGUGACGUGGAGUCCAUCCAUCACCUUACUGGUGUUGAUGAAGUGAAGAAAAAGAUGACGUUGCAGUGGACUGCUGUGGCCUCCUUCCUCUAUGUGGAGAUUGGCAUCCUCGUCAUCCUCUGUCUGCCGUUCAUCUCUGCCAGGAGGUGGCAGAGUAUUUUCCAGCUGAGGGUCUGGAGCUUCAUGGCGAGGUUCUGGAACAAAGUGUUUCUCACCAUGGUCAUUGUACUGAUCGUUCUCUUCCUUGAUGCUGUCCGUGAAGUGAGAAAGUAUUCGAGUAGAGAACACGGCGCAGGUGCCAAGAUGCAAGCAAACAUGCAGGACCACCUGCACAUGAAGCUUUUUCGAGCUCAGAGGAACCUCUACAUCUCAGGCUUCACCGUCUUCCUCUGGCUGGUUAUGAAGCGACUGGUCACCUUGAUUAACCAGCUGGCAGCAAUGUCUGGGACCACGGCUGUUCUUCAGGCGCAGGCUGACACCGCUAACCAGACGGCCAAGAAAUACAUGGAGGACAACGAGCUGCUGAAACAGACUCUGACGGAAGCAAAGGGUGAUGAGGCUGCUGCAGCAGGCAUGGAGCUGUUGAAGAAAGAGGUAAAGAAUCUGAAAGAAGAGCUGAAGACCACAGGGGAUGUGCUGAAGAAGUCCCAGUCUGAGUCGGAGGUGAUGAAGAUGCAGACGGAGGGCCUUGCCAGGGAAUACGAAAGACUAUUGAAAGAACACCAGGAGCUCCAGAAUCUUCAAGAUGGUGAAAACAAGAAGGACGACUAGUUAUUGUAAAAUGUUUAAAGGUUCAAGUGUUUAUGCAGCAUCUUUAGCCUCCUGACGAAAGAGCCACUGCUUUUUCUUCAUAUAUAACACCUUGUGUCACAAUGCAGAUCACAAAAGCAGGACUGGCUCAUUGGAAGGACAGACUUUUGGCAGAUGUCAUUUGUCUCAGUCAAGUACAAGAUUCGCCAAAAGCCGCAGCCUCCGAUUACUGUGGUACACCACUAUGAAUGUAUUUUGAUAUUUAAGAUUUGCUUCUUUAUUUCUGUAUGUAGCAGGGAGUCCUACUGCACCCACUUUGAGCUUAAACACAGGCGGGAAAUUCAGUCUGUGCUUGCCUGGCUGUGCAAAUGUAGUUUUUUAAUAUACAGCUUCAAUUAAAUAAUCCACCUUGACAUUUUUUUGUCGUAUUCCAGACAAUGUUUUUGUUGUUGUUUUUUUAACCUACAGGUUUACAGAUGUAAGUAGUUGGAUGGUUAUAGUCUUUUUGGCUUCCCUCUUAAUUUUACUAUUUCUAUGUUGGAACUUUCUGCAGAAAAUGUAUGGAUAUAAAUUAAGUAGAAUAUCUAUAGGAGUACAAUUCAGAAGAAAAAAAAAAUCAAAAUUCAACCAUUUCUUUUAGUCUUAAAAUAAAACACAUUCAUGUUUCUGGGCCACAGAAGGAUCCGAUUAUUUUACACUUGCCGCACUGUUUCAAGUGUUUACUUUAGGGUUAGGGCACCAGUUGCACUGUGUCGUUUUGUAUGAAAUGAAGCUUAUAUGGUUUUACUUAUAUUUCUGUUGUCCCAACAGAGCCAUGUGACAGUGAAAGCUGAGUUGAGAAUGUCCUCUCUGGAUGCUUCAAUGUUUCCUAGUUUUUUUUUUUGCUGAAACAAUUAUUGCAUGGGUUUCUCACAUUUCCUCCUAGGUCGUCAAAAUGCAAAAAUGUCUCUUGAUCUUAUUUUUAUGUUACAGACAUACAUUGGAAUGAAGUGCCUUGUAGGUGGAUGCAAUACUUUUUGUUAAAUAAAGAUGAUUUUCUCUA